AGCGCAGCGCCGCGCAGCGCAGCGCCGCGCGUUCCGUGGCGCGUCUUCAUUCCGGCUGCAGGCGCUCGACGCGCGCGCGAGCUCCGUUUCUGCACACGUUUUUCCCACGGCACAUACUCGACUUCCUGCGGUUUUAGUCAUCGCCAAUUUAGUGCGCAACCGCUGACGGCACAAGGUGAAUUGGCUGCUAAUAAAGUAAAUCUCCGAUCUGAGCGAUAUGAUGGAGCGACUGAGCGGAACCCGGCGUGGCUUCACUGAAGUCACGUCAAGUGAGUGAGUUUUUUCAUUUGGAAUUUCUUUUUUGUUCCCAAAUGAUGGACGGCAGACAGUGGUCGAGGACUUCCCCAUCGGAUGGUGCAGCCUUUUCCAGUCCAUGGAGGCAACAAGCCCAGUUCGUUCGAUGAGUGUUUUGAGACCCAUCUGAGAGCAGCGGGUCUGUGGGUUCAGGAAGGAGACAAAAAUGCAGCAGAACUCCAGAGCCGGGUCGAAAAUGCUCUUCUUCAUUCUGGUCCUGCUCAUUUUCACGCCGAGAGCGGAUUCGUCGUGGUGGUACAUCGGAGCGCUGGGGGCGCGCGUGAUCUGCAACAACAUCCCCGGCCUGGUGAACAAGCAGCGGCAGCUGUGCCAGCGGCACCCGGACCUGAUGCAGUCCAUCGGCGAGGGCGCCAGGGAGUGGAUCAGAGAGUGCCAGCACCAGUUCCGGCACCACCGCUGGAACUGCAGCACGCUGGACCGGGACCACACCGUGUUCGGCCGCGUGAUGCUGCGAAGCAGCCGGGAGGCGGCGUUCGUCUACGCCAUCUCCUCCGCCGGCGUGGUGCACGCCGUCACCAGCGCCUGCAGCGAGGGGGAGCUGAAGGCGUGCGGCUGCGACGGCCACAGGCGCGGCCGCGACGCCGACGCCAGGGGCGCCUUCGACUGGGGCGGCUGCAGCGACAACGUCAACUACGGCAUGAGGUUCGCCAAGGCCUUCGUGGACGCGCGGGAGAAGAUGGUGAAGGACGCGCGGGCGCUGAUGAACCUGCACAACAACCGCUGUGGCCGAAUGGCGGUGAAGCGCUUCAUGAAGCUGGAGUGCAAGUGUCACGGGGUGAGUGGGUCGUGCUCCCUGAGGACCUGCUGGUUGGCCAUGUCCGACUUCAGGCGGACCGGAGACUACCUCCGCAAGAAGUACAACGCGGCCGUGGAGGUGACCAUGAACCAGGACGGGACGGGGUUCGCGGUGGCCGACAAGGACUUCAAGGGAAGCACCAAGAACGAGCUGGUUUACGUCGAGAACUCGCCGGAUUACUGCCUGAUGGACCGCGCAGCGGGUUCCCUGGGUACAGCGGGACGGGUGUGCAACAAGUCAUCCAGGGGCACGGACGGCUGCGAGGUCAUGUGCUGUGGGCGGGGCUACGACACCAUGCGCGUCAAGCGCGUCACCAAGUGUGAAUGCAAGUUCAGGUGGUGCUGCGCCGUGGAGUGCAAAGACUGCGAGGACGUGGUGGACGUUCACAGCUGCAAGCCCCACAGGCGUCCCGAUUGGCUGGACGUGACCUAAGGCGGGCGACCCGACCAAUCACACUCAACACCCGCUAAACACUGCUUAAAAUGCCAAAGACACCUGCUGCUGAUUAGUGAAAUUGAGAGGAAGAUGGAGCUUUUGACAGAUUAUACCUGUUAAAUAAUGACUGUGAAACCAGACAACGCCACAAACGGAACAAGAACAGACCGGGUUGACUGCUUUGGAACCAACAGCUUCACAUGGACUGUUUUCUGAAGCCACAGGUUCAACAUCCAUCAUGUGUGACUGUCUGCAUAGGUCUAACACGGUCUUUAUGGGAAACUUUCAUCUCUACCUCCGGUUCUGGUUCUGUGUUUUCUUUCUGUCUCCACUUUUACAGACACCCUGUGCACUGGUAUCUGUGAAUAAUUAUUACAUUCAAUUGCUACGUUAAGAUAUGAGAAUUGAAUAUUCAAAUAUUUGGGAAGACAUUAAAGGCAACGUUUCUUCUGUAAAAAGUCAAACCCGUCAUCCUACCAUUGUUCAGAUUUUUUUGGCUUGUCGUUAGUGGAGCUUUUCUCACGACUUGAUUAUUACAAAACACAGCACGGCCUGUUUUUUCUGUCAUCACACUGUGACCGAGCACUUUUACAACAAAAACUUGUGCAACUGUGAUUUCAGGCCUUCGUCUGGUUUGUGAGAAAUUAUUAAAAGGUAUUUCAGGAAACCAAGAGCAAUGAAGUGGCUGCGGACCCCGAGCGCGACUCUUCAGCAUCUGGAAAUGCAGCCAGACGUCAUGUGGUGCCUCUGGAGAGUCAAACCUCAGAGGGGGUUCACGCGUCCAAAUGAAGCGAACAACAAGCCGUGGAUGCUGAGCGUCACCAAAUUGUUUCAAGUCCACGUAAUGAGGAGGAGAGCCAAAGUAAAGCGCUUUGAACGCGGCCAAGUGACACAGGGGGGUCAAAGGUCCACGAGUCAAAAGUUAAUUGCAAACAAAAGAGCCUGUUUUGAAUGUAAAUGAAGAGUCCGCUGGCUGUGUUUUUCUGACAAUUUCAGUCCAUAACUGAAGGCAGCUUGUUAUUGUUGAAUCCACAUCAGAAACCAGUGGAUCCGCACUGAACUGAAAAACGAAUUGAAUCCAUGGGUCAAUUAAUAACACUAAUAUAACAUUACAGGCUUAGUAGUUACACUUCUGCCAGUAAAAAUAUAUUUUAUCACCAUCUUUUCUGUGAAGGCUUGAUUAAAUGUGGGGACAAUGAUAGAACAGGAUCUCUGUUCGUGUUUUUGGCUGUGGAGACACUUCCACCUUUAAAUGCAGGUCUCACAAUAACCUCUUAGACCUGAAUAAAACCCUUAUGAUGUCACUCCCACGAGGGCUUCUGCUCAUACAACUUCCUGCAUACGGUCUCUUUUGUAAAACAUGUAAACAGUCAGAUUAGUGAUUUAAAGGCCAGUCAGUUUGUGUGGAGCUACUGAGAUGGAGAUAGAGUGUUAAACCAACGUUGUAGCAGUACAUUUAAAGGAACUGGGUGCUGCUCUGUCAGGAACAAUGUGUGAUCCAGCAGAAGUCUGUAAAAAUAACAGGAGUGGCAUUGCAGGCGUUCCUGACCAUUAUAGUGAUAUCAAAUGGGCAUCGCAAUUCAGCAACAUGUCAGAGCUAAAAGAAGCACUGGACGGAAGAGACCAGCGCUGUCAUCAACACGGAUUUCUCUCAUUUAGCGAAACCAGACGGGACACAUGUCGUGAACCGAGCCAGUGAGUUCAAGUUGUUUACAUGAACCAAAUCACACUGGACCCGAUGACAACCCACAUGCACUGAACAUCUCACACCCAGCAUGGAAAUUUAAUCUAAGACUCCCACAAACCGUGAUGAAAACAGGCACCUGAUGUACUGAUGUCAGUAAAGCAGGUAAAAGCCGCACCGUUACUAGAUUUGUUUGGCUUCUUCACUUUUUAUCUCGACUUUGUGUUAAUUGACCCCGUGAACCUCAACCAGUUCUCAUACGCCCACAUUAAACAUGUGCCACCGACAGCCUGGUUUCCAUAUUUGCGUUCGUGCUCGCCAUCUCCAGCUUUAGAAGCUAUUCAUAACGGAGGUCAGCGAGCAACACCAGCUUUAGCACGCCGCCUGGAACCCACUUUGGCUCAGAGAGAAAACACUUAAGCGCCCAUCAACAGCCCUCGGCGCUGAUUUUCAUUACUGCUACUCACCACUCAAGUAUGAGGCCGGAGCAGUGAUGCCACGUACAGUAGGCAUCUGCUGCUGGUGGCAGACUGGUGUAAUCAUAAUGGAGUGUGAUGGCUCUAAGCUUUAUAUAGUCCAGGAUCAGCAGUACUAUGACGGAGCGACUGGUUUGUCCUUGAACAAGAAGCCCACUUCUAUCAAUAGCAAUUUAAAACAUGUGGGAAAUGAUGUCUGCAUAGUAAAAGCAGUGUCUGCGACUGUUCUGGGUGUUUAUCAUCUAGAAAUACUGCACAGCUCUUACUCAUGCUUUUCCUGGCUGCAACCUAA